GCUGCUCUCGGUUCUCCCCUCAGGAAGGGCUCCUGUGCCGCAGUGCUGCUCUCGGUGCUCCCCUCAGGAAGGGCUCCUGUGCCGCAGUGCUGCUCUCGGUUCUCCCCUCAGGAAGGGCUCCUGUGCUGCCGCAGCAUCGCCCGCCCCGGGGCGGCUCCUCGGGGCCCCUCGGCCCCGCUGUCCUGGCGGGUGUGCAGUAGCAGCACUGCACCAGCGGCCUCCAGGGAGGGACCAAGGGGUUCCUAAAGGCCGUCGUGGUUUGCUUCCUCUGACGUGGGAGCUCUUGCUUGUCUGCGAGCUGUCACUGAGCAUAAACCUCUUUUUGCCAUCGCUAAAAGGCCCCCAAACCCAGCAGCAUUCUGGGCAGCCGAGCAACCUGGCACGCGAGCUCAGAUGUGUUGGAAGCAGCACGGGAGUCCUGCUGGAAUUUGCAAUUUGGGCAGCCUGGGCAUGCUGCCUGGUAGGAACACAUUUUACUGUUUCCCCUGAAAUAUUGACACCUGAUUUCUGGGCCAUUACUCACUUGUGCUCCUGUAAAACACAUGCCACCUACUUCCCAGCUGGGGAUGCACCUGCUGAGGGUGUAGCAAAGAUGGAAAUCCUGAAACACAAAAAGAAAAAGAAAAACAACAAAAAAACCUAAAACAAACAAAGUGAAAAAAACUCAUGGUGAGAUUAUGACAGAGGAGACUUGACCCUCAUUUGGGGUUAAUGGAAAGCAGUGCGUGAUUGAGACCAGGAGUACAGGCAAUGUUGGAUGGGUAGAGGAAUAAAUGCUCUUCUAGGAACUAAGCACUCUUCUAGGAACUAAGAGCAGCACCCAUCUGCACUGGUCAGGACAUCUUUGCACGCAGGUCAGGACUUGCUGGGAACUGCAGUAAUAUCCCAUGUGUUUCCUGCACUGUCCUGAUAAGGGGGAACAGGCUGGAGCAGUGUAUGCACAUUGAGACCAAAGUGAUAGGACAGCACUUCCCUGGGCACGGAAGGAAGUGCCCAGGGCUGGGGAACGGAUGGCUGGGGGCAAGUUGGCUCCUAGAAAUCCAGUCUGAACACCAGUGCCAGGUGGAACUGGGGUGUCCUGCUUAUCUGGUACAUGUCAGGCUUCCAUCCCUGGGCAGCACAUGUCCCUGGUUUUGUCUCCCCUGCCCUGAGCAGAAGGAUGCCCUCAUGCCCUGGGCCAGGCCAGGUGUUCUUUGGUACCUCCAGCUGUGGGUUCUCCUGAACACACAAUCCCAGGGGCGUCUGAUGGCCUGGACAUCUGCAGCAUGGCCUCAUCUUUCCUAGCACAUGUGCACUUUCAUCUGGUGCAUGCUCUCAGCUUCUUCCAGCAGGAGAGAAAGAUCUCUCCUUCUCUCAAGGAGAGGUGACAAGGUGGAGGUGCUUCAUGGUUGGGGACUCCUGUGCGUGGGGUCAGGCACAGCCUGGUGCAGUGGGUGGCACAGGGAUGGUGGGUGCAAGGACAGAACCCAGCAGUAGCACCUCAGCAGCCCACAGCCACUUCAGCUCCCUGCCAGGUGCCUCUCUGAUGUUCACCUUGGAGGCACAGGCAUGAAACACCACUCCCCAUCUCAAAGGCUUUCUCUCCCUCCUGGCACCACCACAACCUUCCAGCCUCCAUGGCCAGGCCGAACUCACCAGCCCAUGGGAGCUUCCAGCGAGUGCUUCUGCUGCCUGACUCAUUCAGAGACGCCUCUGAUGUGAGGAACAAGAGAGAAAGCAGAAAUGCUCCACUGACCCACUUACUGCAGGGAAACCCAGCAGAGGAAAGCAGGCUUCAUUUUGGGACCUCCUCCAUGUCAGUAUUUCUACUGUGAUGCUAAGGUAGAUCCAUCAGGGAUGCAUUUUAUGGAUACUCAGGGGUGCUGAUGGCAUCAGCCCUGCUGUUCCCUGGUGGUCCCUGUGUCUGAGUUUGGCCAUCCAAGAACUGCACUGUUCUUGGAUAUAAUGAGCCCCUCUUUGCCCCAUCACUGCUGGGGUGCAGUAACUUGGAAGUGCUGAUAUAAGGGGUCAUGCCUGGUGCUCCAAACACAUCAAUGCCACAUGGCACAACUGUUUUCCUGGUGCCCUGUGUGUGGCUGCUGCUUCUGAGAUACUCAGCAUUCCUGAGAAGCUUGUUCACUCUCACACACACACAAAAAAAGUUCCAAAAGAAAUGAGACAUAGUUCAAAUGAUUUUGAGUAAUUUUUAUCCGCUCCAGUUGAGAACUGCACAUUUCAGGGAAACAACCAGCACUUUCUGUGUGUGUGUGGGUCCUUGGCUCUGGCAAAAUAUGUUUCUCUGUGAGUCUGCAUGGCAGGAAGCUGUCAUGGCUUUUCCAUCACAUUUGCACAGGAGGACGGUGCCUUUGGGCAUGGGCAGAUGAGCUCCAGCAGGAAUGCCAAUACCUCUCUGCAGCUUUCUCAAAAGCACAGCUGCUGCCUGGCCCAACCAUGGGUUGUCAGCGGGAUGCUGACAGUUUGCAGAGGCUCCCACAUGGGUUUGCAGAGCCCUUGGAAGCUCCAUAGCUGUUAAUGGCACUCACUGGCUGGGAUCACACUUGCUCUUGCUGGGGCAUGUGAGGUCCAGGUUGGCAUGCUGGGCCAAGGAGGAUGUCCAGAUGGGAUGGGCCUCUGGAUGUCCAGUUGUUCUUGGCCUAAUUUGCUCCACACUGGCUCUCGUGUGCCUGCACAAAGCUGCCACUGUGUGCAGCUAAGGCCAGGAUUGAGCCCCCUCCCCAAGUUACUUCCAAUUUUCACACAUGGAUUCCCUUUCCCACAGCCUUGAGUAUCUUGAUAAUAUUUUCUUUCUGGCCCCCUGGGUUAGACUUUGUCUCUCAGGUUUCCUCUUAUUGCUCUGGGCCAGGAACCCGGAGCUGCCUCCCAGUAGCAGGAAAUGGUUAAUUCAGCACUUGCCAGUGUCACAUCCAUUAAUUUCUGGCUGUGUCCAGGCUUCUGCCACUGCAGCCCCCAAGGAAUUCUUUUCCUGACUGUCCUCUGUGAUCUCCAGUUGUCAUCCCAUGGUACCCAGAGCAUCCCUACCAGGGUAAGAGUCAAGAAGCUUCUCUGUUGCCCCAUGCAGAACUCUGGCACUCAGAGUUGGAGCACCCCUCCUGGAAGCCUAUCCCAACCCUCCCACAUGCCCAUCCAUGCUCCCCCCCCUCAGCUGCCCUCUUUGUGGUCGUGUUGUCUGCCUGGCCAUGUUUUCCCCAUCUGCUUGUUUCUGGAAGCCUUUCCAGGUGAGUCGCACAGCACCAGGAGAUUCCCAGAUGGGAUGACUAAAAUAAAGUCACAUCCACAGCAGGAGACACUGGUGCCUGAAGCACAGCCCAGAUCUCCUGUAUCUCUCCCAAAAAACUCUCUUUCCUCCAUUUCUGCGUACUCUUCUGCUUCACUGCAGUAGGGCAGGAUGCAAAGCACCCUGGGGCAUCCCCAAAUGUGACACACCAUUUGCUUUGCCCCAACAUACUUGCUGGAAAAAGUGAGGUGAGUUGUUGCUCACAAAGAAAAGGAGCCCCAGGCUAGUCAUGGAGCCAACUGUGGGUGUGCAAGCUGGAGAAAAUGUUUCUUACUCACUCUUUGCCUCCCCAGGAGCAAGGUGGGUGGUGUGAAACAGAAUCUGUUUCUACCCUGUGCUGAGGAUUCAUGUAAGAGACCCCCAAAAGCCCAUCCCUCCACUGUCUCCACUGCGUCCCUGUUUCCCAAUCACCAAGACCUGUCACAUGGGUGUUUCUGCACACACUGGGACUGUCACCAAAGGGGUCACUGCCCCCGUUGCACUCCUGCUGCCCUGUGACAUGAUUUAUGGGACAUUUCCCUACCUCCCUCAUCCAGGGGAUGCUGGGACCAUGCAGGGCGUUCCUCCUCAUCUUCCUGCCUUCGUGAGCCAAGGGACAACCACAUGGCAGUGUGUGUGCCUGAGCACACGUGUGUGCAUUGAUGAGGGGAGGAGCAUUUCAUGGGCUUUUAAAAAGAGAUUGAAAAUUUGUGAGUAAAAUGAAAGAAAUUUGAAAUAAUAUUUUGGUGCAUCUUCUCUGAGCUCUGCUGCAGGACCCUGGGAGAAGAGGAGCAGCUGGUGGGAAGGGGACUCUAAGAAUCAUCCCAACCCACUCCCUCCCACGUGGCUUGAGGCAAGGUUUUGUGGCCAAAUCAUCACUGUUUGGGGUGCAGGCAUCCCAGAGACAGGAAUAAAUCACGUGUGUACAUUUGCAUCCCUGGCAACCUUCUCUCCUCUUCAGAGGUGACAGAGAAGGUGAGACCAGGCAAAGACCACACCUAAAUUCUGCUGCCUCUGCAACCCUCCCUUUCCUCAUCUUGCUCCCAGACAGGAGCCAGGACACCGAGCCAGCUGGGUCCUGCAGCGGAACUUACCACUGUGCUUGCCCUCCCUUUCCUUUUGUUUUUUCCUCUCCUCCUGCCACUGCCAGAAGAAGAACAGGAAAGUCCAUCAUUCACAUGCUGGUCUUUGCACAAACCUGCUCAAGUGAUUCCUCUCCUGACAUCUUUGAGAAACUUUUCAGUGCUCCAAGUGAGUGCUGGCUUUAAAUCAUCAUCUCUGGUGGAUUACAACAGCUGGAUGAGAAGAUAAAGGCUUUUCUCUCCUCUUUCCUUUCUCAUUCCUUCCUUUUCACUUUUCUUCCUGAAGUCAGAGCAGUCCCCAGCCAGGAGGCAUGGUGCUGGUGGGAGCCCUGUGCAGCCUCCUGCUCCUCUGCCUGGUUGAGGAGGGCAUCAGCAAAGUGAGAAGAUACUACAUUGCUGCAGUGGAAACCACCUGGGACUACACACACAGCGACCUGCUGUCCGUGCUGCAAGCGCCUGCAGGCGUUUUGGGGCAUGCAGGCCCACGUCUGCCCCCAGCUGGUGUCCCUCCCCGCUACAGGAAAGCUGUUUUUGUGGAGUAUCCUGAUGGCUCAUUCACACAGCCCAAGCUCAAGCCAGCGUGGAUGGGUCUUCUAGGCCCCACCAUUCGAGCAGAAGUCUAUGACACAGUGGUCAUCACAUUUAAAAACCUGGCCUCCCGCCCGUACAACCUCCAUGCUGUCGGAGUGUCCUACUGGAAGGCGUCAGAAGGAGCAGGGUAUGAGGAUGAGACCAGCCAGACAGAGAAGGAGGGGAACAGGGUGGACCCUGGGAAGACACACACAUAUGUCUGGGAAAUCCAGGAAAACCAGGGCCCAACGGAGGACGACUCAACGUGCCUGACCCACUCCUACUCCUCCAACACCAACAGCGUGAAGGACAUCAACUCUGGUUUGAUUGGAGCCCUGCUCGUGUGCCGACCUGGGACCCUGGCAAGUGAUGGGAAUGAAGGCCAGCAGAAAGAGUUUGUUCUGCUCUUCGCAGUGUUUGAUGAAGGGAAAAGCUGGUACUCUGAGCAGGGUUCCUCAGCAGCUGCUCAGCCCCAGGCUCACAACAGGACAGAGCUGCACACCAUCAAUGGCUACAUCAAUGGCUCACUGCCUGGUCUCACACUGUGCCUCAAGAAGCAGGUCCACUGGCAUGUGAUUGGGUUGGGCUCUGGGCCAGAAGUCCACUCCAUCUUCUUUGAAGGCCACACAUUCCUGGUGAGAAGCCACCGUCUCAGCAGCCUAGAAAUUUCCCCUGCCACAUAUCUCACAGCCCAGACCAUGCCAGGAACAGCUGGCUGGUUUCGGAUGUUCUGCCAGAUACCGUCCCAUCAGCAAGCUGGCAUGGAGGCCUAUGCAAAGGUGGAGGAGUGUCCUGAAGAACGUCUGCUGAAGACAGGGAAGCUGUUAAAUGAGCCAGAGGACCUGGAUUACCCUGAGGAAGAUGAGGAAAUUCACCAUAUUAUCCAAGUACGCUCUUUUGCCAAAGACAAGCCCAUGACCUGGACUUACUACAUUGCAGCUGAGGAAAUGGACUGGGACUAUGCCCCUGUGAAACCAGUGUCUCUGAACAGAAACAUGACGAGCCUGUACCUGGAGCCUGGCCCACAGCGGAUCGGUUCAAAGUAUAAGAAAGUGGUGUUUGUGGAGUAUGAGGACAGAACCUUCAAGAAGCGCAAGGUUUCCAACCAACAGGACAAGGGAAUUCUGGGCCCUGUCAUCAAGGGGGAGGUGGGAGAUCAGUUUAAGAUCGUGUUCAGGAAUCUGGCCAGCCGACCCUACAACAUCUACCCUCACGGCCUCACCAGCGUCAGGCCCUACUAUGCUGUGAGACCCUCAGAGAAAGAUGUGAAGGAUAUUCCUAUUCCCCCUGGGCAGUCAUUCACCUACAGCUGGAGUCUCACUGCUGAGGAUGGCCCAACAGAGGCAGAUCCUCGCUGCCUCACCCGUUUCUACUACAGCUCCAUCGACGCAGUCCGAGACACGGCCUCAGGCCUGAUUGGGCCGCUUCUCAUCUGCUCUAAGAAGUCCAUGGAUCAGAGGGGAAAUCAGAUAAUGUCAGACAACAUGAAGUUGGUGCUGUUUGCUGUCUUUGAUGAGAACUACAGCUGGUACUUGGAGGAGAACAUCAAGAGGUUCUGCUCUGAUGCAACCCAUGUAGAUACCCAGGACUCACAGUUUUAUGCCUCCAAUGUGAUGCACACUAUUAAUGGCUUUGUAUUUGACAAUCUCCAAACAAAACUCUGCCUGAACGACGUUGUGUACUGGUAUGUCCUGAGUGUUGGGGCCCAAACAGAUUUCCUCUCCAUCUUCUUCUCUGGAAAUACCUUCAAGCACAACAUGGUCUUUGAGGAUGUGCUUACUCUUUUCCCAUUUUCUGGAGAAACAGUCAUCAUGAGUUUGGAAAAGCCAGGUGUCUGGACACUGGGGUGCCUAAAUCCUGAUUUCAGAGACCGAGGGAUGCAUGCCAAGUUCACGGUCUCGCAGUGCCAGUAUGAGCAAGACACUGAUGAGGAAGAUUAUGCGUAUGACGAUGGGGAGGAGGUUGCUUUUGAAUUCCAGCCUAGGGGCUUCUCUAAAAGAAAGAAGUCAUGUGUGGAUGAGCAACUGAACAACAUCUCCUCUUCAAGAAAUGAGACAGAGAGGAUAAGAUUGUGCCUGACAGAACAUGGGGCUGUCCUGAGCAACAGCAGGAUUUCUGAUCCCUCUUCUAAUGGAACAUCAACAUUUUUAGGAGCAAUGCAAAAUCCACAUGAUAUUUCCAUGUCUUCCCUGCCAGAGAAAAGCUAUGAGCCAGUGUCCUAUGAGUCCUUCCUGGAAGAUGAAGAAUUGUCAAAAAUCAUCAGCCAGGAUGAAGGGUUUGGAGCAAUCCCACCUGGAGAACACUUGGGGAGUGUCAGUGGAAGGGUCCAUGGUACUGUGAGCUCAGAAGAUGAGCAACAGCUGCACCAAGCCACAGCAGCUCCAGGAGAUGCUCUGGCAGGAACAAAAGUGACAAAAUUCCCAGAGGUGCAGGAGCCAGUAAAAGGAACGACAGUCCAGUCUGGUGGUAGGAUAGAGAACCUGGAAGCAGAGCCUCAAAAGACAACUACUCAUGCAACAAGCUUGUGGGACUCCAUUGCUUAUGCUGCUGGCAAAGCCCCUCUUCAGGAGAACAGGAGCUCAAUUCACCAGAAUGAUCUGGAGCACAACCUGGCACUUCAGGAUGUGUCUUCACAGAGUAAUGAGUUGCUAAAAGGGGCUGAUAAAAUAUCCUUUAAACUGUAUGACUCAGAGGAGACAAUCAUUACAGCACCAUCUUUAAGUACUGAUCACAACUCUUCCUCCACAUUGAACAAUCCUUCUGCAUAUCCAGAUGAGACAGAGGAUAAUAGGACUUCUCAUGCUGUGGUUCAGAGUCAUGCCAUAGAAAGCAAUUAUUCAUCAAAUGACCUAGAUGCUAGGCUGGAAAAAAGGCUUCACAAAGUGGUUUCACAAGGCUUUUACGAAAGUUUUGACGAGCAAAAUGUUUCUUUGUCAGAUAAACCUGUACCAGGAGAAAUCUUCACAGCUGAGAGUAACUCCUUGCCUGCAAAAAGUGGCAUAGAACAAGCCAGUAGACUUGCCAAAGGCACCAGCCUUCUAGACACCACCUUUGCAGAUACCAAUGACCUUGAGCCAUCCAGCUAUGUAAUGACAGAAGAGAGGGAUGAAGUAAUUUUGAAAGAAGUGUUUCAGGAUGCUAAGGAAUUAGCAGAGUUGGACAGUAUUGUAUUUUCUGAACCAAAUGUUGUGACCAAUGACACCAGGCCAUUCCCAAAUAGUUUCCUAAAGAGCUCUGAGCAGUUUCUGAGACACAGAGUUACAGCCAGAAGCACGAGUGGCUCUGACUGGAGACCUAAACAAGCCAGGUCACUGGAGAGCAGAGCUUUGGGUCUUCCCAACACCAGCAGCAAGAAGCUCCUCUCUGAUGGUAAGACAGCAGAGCAGGAUCUGGCCAGCCAGGCCCCUGAGACAGCAGUGAAUAAGGAAGCUCCAAAGGCGUGUGGACCUCAUUCCCCUUUUUGCAUCACUCGCUUCAAAAGGAGGUCUUUGGUAUCAAGUGACACCUUGCCUGAGGCGAUGGUGGCCCCGAAGAGCCUGGAAGAAAAAUCCAAGGUGGCUGAGAGGAGGCUACAUCCAGGCAGGGAUGAGAUGUAUCCUGAGGAGAGGCUGAGCACAGACAGGGUGGUACAGGGCAGCAGUGAGAGGGCUCAGCGCAGCAGACGCUCCCUCCCCUCACGGGGAGCACUGGGGACACGACCAGCAGUGGCAGCAAGCAGCUCAGAAAGGCAGGUCCCUGCUGAGGCUGCACACCUGGCCUCAAACUGGGACCCAGUCUCCCCAGGGGCUGUGGUGAACACAGGGGACUUGCACAGCCCAGCUCUGGCUGAGCUGCAGCCAGGCAGAGCUGCGGUGCUGGGGGCUCCUGGGAGCGAGCAAGCUCAGGGGAAAAGCCAGACGGAGGAGGAGACGAACUCUGUGGAGCAGCUGGGUCUGUUCAGUCUUGAGCCUCAGCAGCUCAAGGCCAAUGCCAUAGAGGACCAUGUGCCUGGGAGAAUGUCUGGGCAAAGCCCAGAAGGAAUGUCUCUGAAAUCAGCCAUCAGAGAGAACUGUUCACUGUCUCCAAGUAGUCCUGCUCACAACAACAACAGCACCAAAAAGCCAGCACAGUAUGUGCAAGACACUCCUCAUGGAUGUCAGGUGCUCAGCAGGAAAAAUGUCCUCAGAGAAAUAGGGAAGACAGAGAGCCAGGAUCUGGGAGAGCCCAAGGAGGAUGGGGAAAGCAACAACACAGCUGGGGAGAGGGGCCACAUCCCAGGACACGGGGAGGAACUGGCCCUGAACAAUGGGACACGUUUCAGCCCCUCAAAAACUGCCAAGGCAGACUACGAUGAGUACAGCGACACAGAGCAGACCAUGGAGGAUUUUGACAUGUAUGGGGAAGAGGAGCAUGACCCGCGCUCCUUCCAGGGGGAGAUACGGCAAUACUUCAUUGCAGCAGUGGAGGUGAUGUGGGAAUAUGGGGACCAGAGACCCCAGCACUUCCUAAAAGCAACGGACCCCCGAAGAAGCAAGAGGAAGCAUUCCUGGCAGUACCGCAAGGUGGUUUUCCGAGAGUACUUGGAUGAUUCUUUCACGCAGCUGGUGCAGCGCAGAGAGCUGGAUGAACACCUGGGCAUCCUCGGGCCCUACAUCAGGGCAGAAGUUCAAGAUGUCAUCAUGGUGACGUUCAAGAACCUGGCCUCACGGCCCUUCUCCUUCCACUCCACACUGACAGCCUAUGAGGGCACAACACAGCAGGGUGGGGUGGUGCAGCCUGGUGGCCAGCAGAAAUACUCCUGGAAAGUCCUGCCCCAGAUGGCACCCACCACGCAGGAGUUCGACUGCAAGGCCUGGGCUUACUUCUCCGACGUGGACCUGGAGAAGGACCUGCACUCAGGCCUCAUUGGGCCACUGAUCAUCUGCAACCGUGGGGUGCUGAGCUACGUUUCCAGGAGGCAGCUGGCUGUGCAGGAGUUCUCCCUGCUCUUCACCAUCUUUGAUGAGACCAAAAGCUGGUACUUCCCAGAGAACGUGGACAGAAACUGCCGCCCUCCCUGCCAGAUCCAGCAGGACAGCCCUGACUUUAAGAGAAACCAUUCCUUCCACGCCAUCAACGGCUACGUGAGUGACACCCUGCCUGGGCUGGUGAUGGCCCAGCAGCAACGGGUCCGAUGGCACCUCCUGAACAUGGGCAGCACUGAGGACAUCCACUCUGUUCACUUCCAUGGGCAGCUGUUCAGUGUCAGGACUAGCCAGGAGUAUCGCAUGGGAGUCUACAACCUUUAUCCUGGUGUCUUUGGGACAGUGGAGAUGUGGCCCUCACAUGCUGGGAUCUGGAGGGUGGAGUGCAAAGUGGGAGAGCACCAACAAGCCGGAAUGAGUGCCCUGUUCCUCGUGUACGACCUGAACUGCCAGAAUGCCCUGGGUAUGGCCUCACGUGGCAUUGCAGACUCUCAGAUCACAGCCUCGGGGCAGUAUGGGCAGUGGGCUCCUCACCUGGCCAGGCUGGACAACACCGGCUCCGUCAAUGCCUGGAGCACCGACCGCAGCAAUGCCUGGAUCCAGGUGGAUCUUUUGCAUCCCACCAUUAUUCAUGGCAUAAAAACCCAAGGGGCCAGACAAAAGUUCUCCAGCUUCUACAUCUCCCAGUUUGUUGUGUUCUACAGCCUUGAUGGGCGAAGGUGGAAGACGUACAAGGGGAAUGCCACGAGCACACAGAUGCUUUUCUUUGGAAACGUGGAUGCAACAGGAGUGAAAGCAAACCAGUUCAAGCCCCCAAUCGUAGCCCGGUACAUCCGCAUCCACCCCACCCACUACAACAUCAGGGCCACGCUGCGCAUGGAGCUCCUGGGCUGUGACCUCAACAGCUGCUCCAUGCCCUUAGGAAUGGAGAACAGAGGGAUUCCUGAUGAGCACAUCUCUGCAUCCUCCCACAGUGCCAACUUCUUCUCCAGAUGGACACCUGCCCUGGCCCGCCUGAACCUUCAGGGCAGGACCAAUGCCUGGAGGCCAAAGAGCAACAGCCCCAGAGAGUGGCUGCAGGUGGACUUUGAAGUAACCAAGAAGGUGACUGCAAUCAUAACCCAAGGUGCCAAAGCUCUCUUCACCCAGAUGUUUGUGAAGGAGUUUGCUGUCUCCAUCAGCCAGGAUGGCGUGCACUGGAGCCCAGUCCUGCAGAAUGGCAAGGAGAAGAUUUUCAAGGCAAACCAAGACCAUCAGAGCACAGUGACGAAUACCCUGGAGUCCCCUCUUUUUGCCCGCUAUGUGAGGAUACACCCUCGCCAGUGGCACAACCACAUUGCCCUGCGAGUAGAGUUCCUUGGCUGUGACACUCAGCAAGAGUACUGAUGGCUGCAGGGCCAGGAAGAGGCAGUGCCAGCCCAAGGACACGCAUCUCACCAGGCACAGAGCCCUCCCCAAGGCUGGAGCCGUCCCUCCGGGGGCCUGGCUGCCCCUGCUGCUGGGGAAGAGAAGGGCUGCAGAGCUUUGCAGUGACUGGGUUGUUAUCUGCCUUUUCCCAUGUCUACCAGAUGCCAUACACUCAGAUGUAAUGAUGAAGAAUUAAACAGUAAUUUUCCAGUA